AGCAGAUAUCGAUGGGAUCCUGAAGCUAUUGCACAUAGUGUGCUACAUAAAGCAAGGUCAAAGUACCAAUCCUUUACGAUCCGUCAAGAAGUCUCCCUCUCACAAUACCUUGUCUAAAAUGAGCAACGGAUUGAUACGAUCUGCCAUCAAGGCCCUUCUACCUUACCGGCGUUUUAGAUAUCGCCCUUUAGAAAAUGGAUACUUCCGGCUCCUUAUCCUCCAUCCUGGGAAGCGUACCGACGACCUCCGCUGUGAUAUUAUAACAGAGCCACUCAACACCAUAAUAAACUAUUUCGCACUUUCUUACGUCUGGGGCUCACCAAAGCCGAUGCGACCAUACAACCUGAGAACGAAAUAUCUCGGUAUCGGACCGAACCUCGAGGAAGCGUUAUUGUCACUAAGACACGAGAAGUUAUUCCUAACUCUUUGGGUCGAUGCACUGUGUAUCAAUCAGGGUGACUUGGAAGAGCGAGCGCAACAGGUGGAGCACAUGUACACCAUCUUCAAAAACGCUAAAAAAGUCGUGGCGUGGUUAGGCAAAGAGCAGGAA